CCUCAAACCGCCUGGGGUGCCGUCGUCAGAAAACUUUUUCAAAGGCUAUGAAAUAGAAACACAAACACUCCGUAACGUGGCGGACGCUCGGCGUUGUCGCGAGCUGCCUGCAAGGGGGCGGAACCGGAGAGAAACGACGGGUCGAUUUCUUUCUUCCCAUGAAGGCAAAAUCAGUCGAAGAUGGUAAGCAGAGCACGGCUGCAUCAGGACAGCAUUAUAGCCAUUUCACAACGGAGCAUACUACCCCUACACUGGUGACACCCAGGGGACCCAUUCAUCAGCGGGGAUCCCAUCUCUCCUGAAUUCCCCGCUCAGCCAGCCCUCUGUAAACGGCCACUCUGUACCUGCACCCAGCAUGACUCCAUCCAGCGGAGCCUCCACCGUCCUCCCUUUCAAGUUCCGCCUGCGCAGGGAGAGUGUGGAUUGGCGGCGCAUCAACGCAGUGGACAUAGACCUUGUUGUGAGCCAGCUGGAUGUGGACGCCCUUCAGGAGCACAUCAGCAGCGUCACCUUCUGCAGCCUGGAUGGGGAGCGAUGUCAGCGGUGCCAAAGCCCCGUGGAUCCAGCUCUGAUCAAGCUCCUGCGGCUGGCCCAGCUCACAGUGGAGUGGCUCCUCCACUGCCAGGAAUUUCUCACCCUCAACCUGCAAGCAGCGGAGGACAGGCUGGCAAACGCCGGCAAUCAGCGCGAGCAGCUGCUGGCUCAGCAGAAGAAGCUGGAGGAGAAGGUGAAGACGCUGACCAACGAGCUCAAGGAGAGGAAGAAGAUUAUUCGCACCCAGCAGUCCAUGCUCGCACCACGGAUCAUCAGCAGCCAGAAGUGUCCGCAUUGUGAUAAAUCCUUCCUCAAUUCCACGUUUCUCCAGAAUCACAUGCAGCGCCGCCACCCUGACGAGUACGAGUUCGAGUUGCGGUCUGACAGUGAGAAGAAAUCUCAGAUUGAAAAUCUCAAAUCUGAGAUCAGCAGUCUGAAGGAGCAGAUUGUUCAGCAGCAGCAGGACCUGCAGGCCAAAACAACUCAGGAAAAGGAGCAGCAAUCCAUGUACAGAGACCAGCAGAGAGAACUGGAGCGCUUUAAGGCCGAGGAGAUGGCGCGCAUGGACAGAAAGAUAGAAUUUCUUUACACCCGAAAUAUUCAAGCUCUCAAUGAAGCAAAUCAGAAUCAGACAGCCAGGCAGGAAAAAACAGCUAGCCCUGUUCACUCGCAGCCAGAGAGAGAUCUGGACAACUACAAAGAGAUGCAGGUCCAAGCCAUGCAAAAGCUGGAGCACCAAAUGAGGAAACAGGAUAAAAAGUGGGAAUCCAGGCUGCAGGAAAUAAAGGCCCAACAUGAGUCUGAAAAGAACCAGUUGCUGAACGAGCUGAGCAGUAUGCAAUCGACUGUGUCCGAGCAGCAGGGGAGCAUCCAGAGGCUGCAUGAGAUGGGGAGGAGGCAGCAGGAGAUGGGGAGGAGGCUGCAGGAGAAGGAGCAAAUCAUCAAGGCUCAAAGGGAGCAGAUAAGGAAUCUUUCCUCCAAUCCACCCACAAAAAUAGUGGAAGUGCCAGUGAUUAUCAGCGCACAAGCUCCAGAGCCAAAACCAAAAAGAGUGGUACUUGAGGAGCCAGUCUCUGCUCUAAAGCUGGACCCUAUACAGGAGCUGUCAGAGGAGGAGAAAGACUCGAGCAGCUUCUCAGAGAAAAGGCCGGUGGAGAAGAAGCCUGAGCCUGCACCGGAGAGGAAACCGAGGGGGACCAGCAGCGCUCUGAAGAAGAACCCCAACAUCAAGAAAGAGAUGCGGCCCGAUCUGGAGCAAGCUCUUAUUGACAAGCUGGAGAACCUGGGAGUCAAGCCUGAUCAGAGUGGUCUGAAGGACAGAGAGCUCACUUCCAUCCUGGCCAAGGUGAAUUCAAAGCGGGAGAGCGUUGCAAGGGGGUUGCCUGACUACUGGCGCCAUCGGGAAGAGAUCGCCAGCACUGUGGAGAAGAAGCUGGGACGGCAGAGGAGAGGCAGCGACCCUGCUCCUGAGUCACAAGCCAGAUCCAGAUCAGUUCAAGUGUUGCAGAUCCGUCCUCGCUCCGGCAGCCUGCCCUCCAGGGCCACCCAGGUGAUGUCUGGACCCGCUGUCAAACAGUCCAAGACCCCUCAGCCGGCACCAAGGACAAAGACCAACACCCAACCCAAGACGUCUACACCCAACACCAAGACCGCUCUGAGGACCUUCACAGCCAAGACCCCUCCUUUCAGUUCAGAUGAGGAAUCUGACGAAGAGGACACAGAUAUGGAGGAAGAACAGCCCCCGAAACACCAGAGGGGCAAAUCACCACAGCCCAGACUGAACCAGGUCCAAAUCAGAUCAAGCAAACCCAGUCCGGUCCAGUCCAAGCAGGCUCCAGCCAGGCACUCAUCCUCCUCCAACUCCCAGCAGGUCAGGGGGUCAGUUGGCGGCGUGACCAAGACAGCAGUCACAAAGAUCGACAGUGAUGAGGACGACGAGUGGUCCGAGGUCAGCGAGCUGCAGGAGAUCGACCCAAAACGUCUCCAGAGUCACAAAGACCAGAACGGCAACUUGGAGAAGAAAAGCUUUGGCAAAGAGAACAGAAUCAAUGACCUGGCCAGAAAAAUGGAGAAGCAGUUUACAGAGAGAGUGUCAAAGAAACCAGCAGGGGGCGUCAGCAUCCUACCAGAGAGGAAGGACGAGGUUCAGGAGCUCACGUACACGGAUCUCGAGGAGAGCAGCGAGUGGGUCGUCUCCUCCUUGGAGGACAAACAGGAAAUGUCUAAAGCGCCUAAGGGCUCUGGACCAAUGAAAAAGAGCCUGGACUCCCCCAGCACCAGCGUCUGGGGAACCUCCACAGGAAAGGGUCCCAAAUCUGGUCUGACUGAAGCUGGAACAGGAAGCACCCUGAAGAGCAGCCUGUGCUCCCUCAGUGACAUCAGUGACUCUGAGGAUAUUAGCAAUAAGUACAAUAAACUCUACAGCUGAUCAGGUGAUGUAGCUCUACGCCAAACACAGACACUGAGACCUCAGUCAACUCCUCUGACUCCUGCAGUCCAUGCCGAAUAGCCAUAUUUUAUACUGAUAACACACGGACGCUGUAAGACAGAGAGGGCAAUAAUUCUUAAAGGGUAACUAUUUCAGCCUGGACCAUAUUUUCCCAUGUUUUAGUGCCACUGACUAGCAGAACUUUUGUAAUUGGUCCAGUAUUGGAGAGCACAAAAAAUGUUCUCUCAUCAUUCGCAUGAAAACAGAAAUAUGGUUAAAUAGGGUCCAUAUUGAAAAUGACCAAAGUGACCUUGUAACAAAGAGAUUCAGAUGUGUUUUUAGAAGAAAUACCGUAUCAUAAAUAUGAUAGAGAUUACUGAGAUUAGAGCUUGGACUGACUUUUUAUUUCACCCUAUGCCUUGUGCCAAUCCUCUGCUUGCCUUAGACCUUUCCAGUGUUUACUUUUAGAUAGACUCGUCAUUUGGUUUACUCGAUAAAAUAUAACCCGCGCUCCAAAUGAGAUGCUGUAUGUAGUUUGUGUAAAAUUUUGUACAUCAAAUUUUAUAACGCCUUCAUGUGCUAAUUGGGCGAAAUGAGAUGUGAUUUUAUAUAGAAAAUAUUUAUACA